AUGACCGCAUGCCGCUCCGUCACGCUGUUACGACCCCAGACCAGCCGGUUCGCCCACGCUCGCUCAUCCAUUAUCAGCGUCAACGGAAACGGAUAUUCAGUCCGCCAUACGAGAUCGUUUUUCGACUCUUUACUCAGCUCUACACUGGGUCCUUGCCCACUCCGUUCAUUAACACAUACGAAGCGCCUAUCAUAUCCACCUGCUUUGAUCUUCAAAGCUGUCUCUGAUGUCUCGGGCUAUCCAACCUUUUUACCAUUCACCAUCUCAUCCCAUGUCACUUCACGGGAUCCAGCAGGUUACCCCACUCGUGCAAGGCUGAAGGUUGGGUAUGCGAAAUUCGGGCUGGAGGAGGACUGGGACAGCGUAGUUUCUUGCGAUCCAAAGCGAGGACUCGUGGAAGCAAGGAGCAGCGACGAGAACAGCAAUGGUCUCUUUGAAGUAUUGAACACCAGAUGGUACAUCGCUCCAAUGGAGGACACCAGCAAGGACAGCACUUCCGUCAAGCUGGACGUCAAUGUCAAAUUUCGAAAUCCAAUUUAUGACCAAAUGUUCUCUCAGGUCGAAGGGAAGGUAGCAAGUACCAUGAUAUCUGCCUUUGAGAAGAGGGUCGAAGAGCUGCAUCAGGAGAAAAUAAAAUGA